UUGCUCUUUUACUCUCAAUCUCGGAAGAAGAACUCUAGGGUUUAUUUCAAAAUCCCUCUAAAAUUUCUAACCUUUACCAAAGUUUUGAUCUUUCUAUCACUAACCGAUGAUGAAGCGACAUGGUGAAGGAAGUGAUUCCAGCGAGGACUCGAGUUCGGAUUGCUUUGAAAUCCGACACAAUGCCCAACCACUCACGAGGAAUCAUGAAGAUGACGACGAAUGUUCCGGCACGGAGGCUACUAUCGGGGAGAGAAAGAAGAUGAAGACGAAGACAUUGUUGGUAUCUUCUGUUGCUGCUGCUCCGAAGAUGAACUGGACUGAGACUGACAUGCUCCUCAUUCUCAGGGGUAUUGUGAAGUAUCAAAAUGAAACGAAGUUGAGCUACUCAUCUGACUGGAGUGGGGUUUACGAUCUUAUCAGAGGUUCCAUGGAAUCAGAUUUCUCAAAGAGACAGCUACAAAAUAAGAUUCUCAAGCUGAAGUGGAGAUUUGAAGAGUAUCAGACGAGAUCUAAUGAUGGAAGAAGUCUUUCUUUUGCUAAUGCUCUUGAUAAACAAAUCUUUAGAUUGUCAUGGGCCAUAUGGGGUCAAAACAAAACCAAAUCUGCUUUUAGUGAGAACAAGAUGGACCAGAGCAAGGUUUUGAAGGAGCGUGUACCUUGUGUGGAGCAGGUUCGGGUGAGUAAAGCGAUUGAUGAUGGUGAGAUAGACAAGUCUGAGGAUUUGAAUGUUCUUCAAGAGGCACUUGAGGUGGCGGCAUCAUUUCAAAGUUUUGGUAAAUACCAACAGAAGUCGCUGCUUCGAAACUUGAAAAAUCUUGGAGCUACGCAAAGGAAAGAGCUAACCGAUGAAUGGAAGGCAUUGCUUGCUGAGGAAAUGCAAUUGAGUGUCAAGAAACAAAGUUUCUAUGCAAAGCUUGUUACCGCUGCCUUUUCUGCUUGACUCAAAAAGGGAAAUAGCUCUGCUUUUGGAAUGUUAUGGUGUUUUAGGUUGGUAAUUAGUAAUUGCUAUCUUCUGUUUAAGCCAUCGUUUUGAACAGUUAAGUAAAAGGGCUUAUGACUUCUUUUUGGUAA